ACUUUACUCCUAAACCGCAGCCCUACACUACUACCCCCAGUUCGGUGUACUUUUAAACACACCUCUGGAUAUACCAUAGAACGGUUCCCUUCCAGACUAUUUUUUAUUCAGGACACUUUAGGGGAAAAAACAACUUCACAAUAAUAUGGGCAAAGAAAGUAUCUCUUUUUUGACUUUUUGGAUAUUUUUGGGACAAAUCUUUACAAUUUUUUCCUCUGACCCUGAACCUACCACGGCUGUGUUCGUAAACACCACAGCCACCACUGCUCCCCUGCCGACCACUACUGAAUGGAUCACAGACUACACUGACAUUGUGUCCAAGUUCUCCCUGCGCACCGCAGAAAUCCCAGAUGAUGAUCUGUGCUACAUCGUGGCUGGGAAGCCUGACACUAUCAGCGAGUGUAACUUCAACAAAGAAAAUCAGACCUUCAUUGUCAUACACGGAUGGACGGUGACGGGGAUGUUUGAGAGCUGGGUGCCCAAGCUGGUGGCUGCUCUCUACGUUCGGGAACCCACCUCCAAUGUGAUCGUGGUGGACUGGUUGACCCGGGCCAAUCAGCACUACCCAACCUCUGCAGCCUACACCAAACUAGUGGGCCGUGAUGUCGCCAAGUUCGUUACCUGGAUACAAAAAGAGCUGCAGUUGCCCUGGGAGAAGAUUCAUCUGCUGGGUUACAGUCUGGGAGCACAUGUGGCUGGGAUUGCCGGAGACCUUACAGACAAUAAAAUCAGCAGGAUCACAGGUCUGGAUCCUGCUGGUCCCACCUUUGAGCAUGCAGAUGCCCAGAGCACGCUGUCCCGAGAUGAUGCCCAGUUCGUAGACGUCCUGCACACCAACACCAGGGGGUCUCCGGACCGCAGCAUUGGCAUCCAGAGACCUGUGGGCCAUAUUGACAUUUACCCCAAUGGAGGCACUUUCCAGCCAGGCUGUGAUAUUCAGAACACCUUGCUGGGAAUUGCGGCAGCAGGAAUCAAGGGUCUGCAAAACAUGGACCAACUCGUCAAAUGUUCCCACGAACGCUCCAUCCACCUGUUCAUCGACUCCCUGGUCUACUCCCAGCAGCAGAGCAUGGCCUACCGCUGCAACACCAAAGAGGCUUUUAACCAGGGCCUGUGCCUCAGCUGCCGAAAGAACCGCUGCAACAAACUGGGCUACAACAUCAAUAAGGUCCGCUCAACCCGCAGUGCCAGGAUGUACCUCAAGACCCGGGACAUAACGCCCUACAAAGUUUUCCACUACCAAGUGAAGGUGCACUUCUUCAGUGAGGACAGGCUGAGCUUCACAGAGCAACCAAUGAAAAUUUCUCUGUACGGAACCCAUGGAGAAAAGGAGGACAUCGCCCUUGUCUUGCCCGUCCUAACCGGUAACACCACCCUGUCCUUCCUCAUUACCACCGACGUGGACAUUGGAGACCUGAUGAUCGUCAAGCUGCGCUGGGAGAAGGAUACUCUUCUCAGCUGGUCAGACUGGUGGGGCAGCAGUAAGUUUCACAUCCGGAAACUACGCAUCAAAUCUGGGGAGAGACAGUCCAAGGUAAUCUUCAGCUCAAAGGAAGGAGAGUUUGCAUAUCUGGUCAGAGGAGGGGAAGAUGCAGUCUUUGUCAAGUCAAAAGAAGACAAUAUGAGCCGUAAAGAGAAACUGAUGCACAAACUGAAAACGCAGGGCACUCUCUUUGGCCAAGACACCGCUUGAAGUUGCACUUAAACAUCCCCCCCCUCCGCAUGCACAUCAUCCACCUCUACAUACAUGACCAAAGACAGACAGAGUAACACUGGGAAAGCCUUUGCGAGUAACUGGACACAUGCUGUACAGAAUAUUCUGAGUGAUUUUCGUCGCUUUGUGACGUCAAAUCACAAUCCAACCAACGCAACCUCACGUAUCACACCGGAAACCAGCCCCUUCAGACUGGCUUCUUCUGUAAACCCAUGAACUCUGCUGCUGAAAAAUGUUACAGGUUUCUUCGUGAUGAUGUGCUCAGAUUUUACAAUUGUACACUUUCAAUAGCUUUUGCUGCAUAUCUUUGUAGAUUCUUAAUGCCUUUAUAGCCCUACAUGUACUGUUUAUACUGAUUUUGAUGUAUUUUGAAGCCCUGAACUGAUGUGUUUUCUUUGCCUAUGUGAACUUGGAAUAAUGUUUAUGUAGAAUUGAUUCAGAGUGACAGGCAUAAUAUAGGCACAUCAUUUGUUUCGCUGAUGUUUUUAUGUGCAGAAUGAUCAUUAUAGCCCUUUAAUUUUUCUUUUUAACCUAACCACUAAUUGCCAACAAUCGACAGGGACCAAAGAAGUAUUUACUAUCUACUGAACGGAGAAUCACAGUGGUCUUUGUAAAUACACUUUUUAAAUCAGUAUUAUAUAUAUUUUUUAAAUAUGAGUUCUAUGUUAAUAUCUGAUCUUUUGCUUGAUUUUUGAUUGUGCUUGGUUAUUGUGUCACUGGUCACUUUAAAAGGCUCCCUGUCCCCUGCAGACAUUUUGAUGUUAUGGUGAUUGUGAUUGCAGUCCAACAGGGAUAUGCAGUCUUUAGUUUUUGUAAUUGUUUUGCAGUAACUGAGGUCACUUUUUAGAUUUUCCAGUAGUGUUUCUUAAUUCAUGGGUCAACAACAGUGUCUCUAAUAAAGCCAUUUACCUCGAGGCACAGUCUUUAAUACACCCUCAUUCUGAUAGGUCAAACUUCACAAAAUUAGUGAAAAUAAAUCUGCAAGCCUUUGUAAUCUGUGAUUACUAGACUGGCCCACACAAUAGCCAUAAAACAUCUCAAGAAUACUUCAUGUUGUAUUUAUUACAUGUACAGUACAUUUCUAUAUUUGUAUAUUAAGCUGUAAUAUAUUUUGCCAGGCUUUCAUUGUCAUCUGUGUUUUUUUUUGUUUUUUUUUUAAUAAAUGAAGCAUUUUUGUGAUUUGAUGCACAAGAGUUUGGAAAGAGCGAUCAAAUUGGUCUCAAUGCCAGCUGUUAAGUGCAUUUACUUCUAUGAACUGAAAUGCAGUGCACUGUAUAAAGAAUGAAUCCGGGACGGUUUAAUAAACAGAUAAACUACA